AUGAUCUCCAAAAUUCAAGUAAGUAUUUCGUUUCACAACAUUUUAGAACUAAUACCUGAGUAUGCUAAAUUCAUGAAAGAGUUUUUGUUAAGAAAGAAGAAAUCAACGUUGGGUGAGAAUGUAGUUUUGACGGAAAAGUGUAGUGCUAUAAUCCAAAGGAAACUUUCACCAAAUCUAAAGGAUCCAGGAAGGUUCACCAUACCUUGUACCAUACGUGAAGUUAAAAUUCCACACACACUUUAUGAUUUAGGGGCUAACAUUAACUUAAUGUCUCUUGCGUUGGUAAAAAAGUUGAAAUUGGGGGAGCCAAAACAUACAAAUAUGACUCUUACAUUGAUCGAUCUCUCAACUACUCAUCCUUACGGGGUUAUCAAAGAUGUGCUAGUUAAAAUGGAUGAAUUGGUAUUUCUAACUAAUUUUGUGAUAGUGGACAUAAAUGAAAAGUAUGCUGCUCUAGUGAUACUGGGAAGACAUUUCUUAGCUACAGAAAAAAACAUUGAUUGA